AUGCCAUCGAGUGUCGCCCCGCAUGAUGCGGACACCUUCGUCAGCGCAGCGAACACGGGCGACACCACUGCCUCGGGCCUGUCCGCCGCUUUGACACGCGCCCAGCCACCAUCUAUCCUGCAAUGGACCUGUCCCUGCCUCAACGUUCGACUUUCGCUUGCUCCUGGAUCGAUACCGACGCCUUCGAGUGCAACAAGCGCAGACAGAGCUCCAUGGUCGGCCGAGCUCGCCGAUGACAACGGCAUUCACGUCCAGCUCCCCUGGCUCAUGUCUCGAGAAACGAUUAGCCUCUCUUCCAGCGACUCGAUCGCCUGCGCCAAAUGUCUAGGCUGCAACACUAUCGCAUAUGCAGUCGGCAAGCCUGCGCCACCUGGUCCAGCACGAGCGCUCGGGUUCAACACCUCUUCCAGCUCACGUGACGCAACGAGAGAGUCGAAUGGCCCGGUCAGCCCCAACGCGGCUAAGCACUACCGUUCGCCUUCCCGAGAACCGACAUCCCGGACCGAUCGCUCGGAUCCGCGCACCAAUGACUCCUUGGUCCGACCGCUCGACCGCAAAGUCUGGAUCUUCUCCGAUGCUUUGAGUCCAAAGCAGGCCUCCGCUGCAGCUGGGAGCGAGGCUUUCUCUCCAGCCUUCAACAUCUUGAUCGCUCGAAAGAGGGCCGAUCAAGAUGGGACCGAAAAGGCGACCACCGCAUCUCAUCUCGACGCUGCCCGCGAUGCAACCCCAACAAGGCCCUCUGUGGGCUCCGGCAAUCGCAUGUCGAGCUACGGCGCAGGCGCAGGCGCAGGCGCGAGCACCAUUACGUACGCUUUGCCGGCAAUCCCUCAGCAUCUUAUCACCACUCCUCCAGCCUCACCCCGCGCCAGUAUUUCGGGCUCUUCUGCCAACGCCCCGGUUUCUCCAGGCUCAGUGUCGUCGCCUGCUCCUCUGCCCCCGGCGUCCUCUUCUUCGAACCAAAUCUCUGCUGCGAACCCGCUCGCAUCGCAACUCGAUUCGGUUGCGAUUGAGCGGCUCAAGGAUAUGCGCGCCAAAGCCGAGGCCGAAGUCUUCGAACUGGUACGUCAGAAGCGUCGCGAGAUGGAGCUGAUGGAGAAGCGCUUCAAGGACGAAGCAGAAACGCUCCUGGCCCUCACCAAAACGCCCAGACAGAACAAGGGCAGCAUCAACAAUGGUUCAACCGCUUCGUUGAUCGAGAAGGCGCUGCGUGAGCAAUCACAACGCGCGUCGGAGCCUUUCGCUGCUUCGCGACGAGCGAACACAGCAGUCGCCACCCAGGCAAUGCCAGACAGGAACCCAUCAGCUGUUUCUGCUGCUACUCGUGGCAGAUCGAGUAGUUCAGCCACAGCCCGUGACAUCAGCACAGUUCAGGGCUCAAGCAGCAGCCGUCGCGAGAGUCUCCACGACGAGUUCUCCGAGCUUCCGCCUUCAGCCUUUGAAAGGAGGCCGACAUACACCAGCAGCAGCAACAACAACGGCGCCACUCCUACCGCCAACGGUAACGCACCUACUACGAUGGCCUCAUCUCUGGGCGGACUGAGCGCGUCCUUCGCCAUGCGUGGACGCGAGCUUCCGGCCCAGAUGCAAGAUUGGGCGGAGAAACGCCGGCUGCGCGAGCGUUACCCGCAGGGCGAUCAUUCUGCUUUGCCAUCUGCCGCCAACUCAAAUGUCAACUCCGCCGCCAACUCCAUUGGUGAUUCGGAGGAGGACGCCUGGCUUGCUCGGAACGUCGGCAACGACACUGCAGAGCGACGCACGCCACGUGCCGGCGAAUCCAGGAGGGAGGAUGACACCGAAAUGGAGAGCCGAGGUCGAGGUCGUCAGCCGUCGCGCCAGCGGGGUGGCUCUUUUUCUCGAGAGCCACGCGAACCUCGUCUGGCUCGAGAAGAGAGGCAGGAGCAACAGCCUCAGCAAAAUUCGUCGAGCAAGACGGCUCGAGCCGAUCAGGCUCCAUCCUCCGAUCUGCGUCAAGAGUCAAGCCGCGGCCGGACUGGAAGGACAGCAUCUGGCGUCUUCAACCCACCGCCUGCCAUGUCUUCGUCUUUGCUCGCAAAGCGGCCGGCAAUUGCUUUCGUUGAUGACGGCCGUGACGCCGACGAGAGUACGCCGUCCGUAGGAGGCAAGCUGAUUUCGCCCCAGUCGGUGGCCGAACCAUCAGCCCAAGUGACUCUCCGGCCCAGAGAUCCGCCACCGUCUACUGCGGAGCCGCUCAAGCCAGCGACUCGCGGAAAGGCAGCCGUCGGAGAAGAUGCUUCUCUCGCCCGUACGCCUAGCGGCGACCCAUCAUCUGGUGCUCCCGGUGCUACCGCCGACACUCGCUCGCGAGACAGUCCAAGAACGCGCAAGACGUCCGAGAAGAAGGUCGCAUUUGCUGAGACCGAGGAUCGUGUCGAUCACACCGUCGACUCGGACGAAUACGAUGACGACGAUGACAAUGGGAACAAAGAAGACACUGCAGCUGGUCAGCGAUCUCAGAAGGAUUCACUCUCGAUCCGGAUCUCGGACACGCUCGUCGACGAAUCGGCCGACGCGGUCUUCGAGAUUGACGAAGAGACCGAGGACCCAGAUGCCAACGAGGAUGGCGUCGUCGAUGGCACGCCUCUUUCUCCAGAGGAGAACGAUCGUCACAAAGUCGAGAUGUCUCAGUCCGGCCUGCGGACCGGAGCAUCUGGCAGACUGAGGGGACAAGCGGACGAUCCUCUCCCUGGCUUCGAGGACGAAGGUGUCGGACAGCCUAUCAGUCGACGCGGGCCCAGCUCAGGCUCUCUUUCCGACGACUUCCGCAGCUCAUCCUCGGACGACGAUGAAGACGCUGUCCCGCCCGGCUUCGGUGCAGCUUCGUUCAGUGCGCUAGCAGCCAGUCAAAGCGCGAUGCACACCUUUGCGUCUUCGAUGGCAAGGGCCGGUGCCGACGAUAGCGGCUUCGACCCUGCUUCCCUCCGCAUGGAUGGACGCGUCGUUGUGCCGCCGCCGUCGGUCUCUAGUCGUGACCUCGAAGCUGAGCCAGAGCGUUUCGUCGUUGGGUCCCUCCGCAGCUCGGCACGUCGCACAAGCGUGCAAUUGCCAUCCAGUACGAUCUCGUCCAGCCGCCAAGGCAAAGAGGCAGCCGAGGGUGUACCGGGCAGUGUCAGCGGCACUGCCUCCGGAGGCGCUCGUCAUCAACGAUCUUCGUCUCGAACCCGCAUCAGCAACAUGUCAAAAGAAGACGCCGACACCGAGGUGCGCCUUUCGGGUCUGCUCGCGCCCAACGCUCCUUCGCAUCGCUCGCUGUGGUCCCCCAAGGACGCCAAAGCCAGGCGCGCUGGCAAGCACAAGUACAAGCUCAACGACGAAGACGAUCAGAAAUGGGAUCUGUGGAAGCGCAAGGUUGGCUCAGGUGAUGCAGGCACUUCGCCUAGCGAUGCGAAGGAGAAAGACACCAAGAGCAAUGCUCGCUCUACACCCAUGGCUGUCGCCCCACCGACCCAGUUCAUCGCUGCUGGAAGCGGUAUCGGACCACGACCCUUGCGCGAGGCGACCAUGAUCGACCCCGACUACUCCAGCUCGAUCAACACCUUCUCGGCUUUCGACCGUCAUGUGCAGGCUCGAGCGGCAGCUACAGCUGCUUCCGAUCAGGCUGCGGCCACUGUAGCCGGCGGCGUCUCGAUUGGCAAGAGGACGUGGGGCUACGGCUCGUUCAAGGACGACACGAGCGGUUUCGAAACCGAGCCAAAGACGUCAUUGCCGUACAAGGAAAAGAUGAUGGUGCCCUCGCUGCGCAAAGCGCUUCGCAAGAGCAUCUACGAGCCUGAGCCUCAUGUCAAGCUCGCGACUAUUCCUGACACGGAUGAUGCUGCUACCAGCGUCAGCGGAGGUGGGUCCGUAGCUCGCUCGGCAGUUUCCGCGCAGCCUGCUGGACGUGACAUCCAGAGUCAGAAUGUUGCCGCGACAACGUCGCCUGCGCUCAAAGACGCAGAUCUGAGGGGUGCUUUGCCGGGCAGUGUGAUCAGCCGAGGCUUCCACAUGCCCGGCGCAACCUCGCAGUCCGAGCUCGUCAAGCCGAUCGCUGUUGCCGCAGCUUCGGCGCCCGUGAAUCCCAUCGCAGCAACUGGUCUUGGAAUCCCAUCCGUCGCCACCAGCGGCAAGUCCGCAGUCGUGCGAAGCGAGCUCGCUACGCGAGAUGCCGCUGUCGGACCUUCGCUUCCCGGUUCUGGAGCCGCCACACCCUCGAGUUUCGGCCGACGCUCCCCUCGCCCACCGUACGUCGCACCCCCACCGCCCACCUCGGCAACCACAGUCCUCGUCAGCGACCCCGCCCAGCACCCUCGCCCCCUCCAACUGUUCAAAUCCCCCGCCGACCCCACCUUCCUUCUGCACGAGGACGGCGAGGAAGCCGAAACGCCCGAAGGCUGGCGGGCCAUCCUCAAGUUCAUGCACAUCAUCGAGCAGCUCAAGACGAACAAGCGAACGGGGUGGUUGCAUCAUCGCAUCCCCGCACCCGAAUCGAUUGCGGACCACAUGUAUCGUAUGGCGAUGCUCUCGCUUCUCUGUCCCGCGGAGGCCGAUGUGGAUUUGGGAAAAUGUGUCCAGUUGGCCAUCGUGCACGAUCUGGCCGAGGCGGAGGUGGGAGAUCUCACGCCGCUCGAUGGGGUGGGGAAGGAGGAAAAGAUGCGCCGGGAGAAGGAGGCGAUCCAGUACUUUGUGCACGACCUGCUCGGGUCUAGCGCGGCGGGAUUGCGAAUCGAGGCGCUGUGGGAGGAGUACGAGGCGAGGGAGACCAAGGAGAGUAAGCUGGUUAAGGAUCUGGAUCGGUUCGAGCUGAGUUUGCAGGCGAUCGAAUACGAGAGGCGGUACGGGAUCGAUGAUCUGCAGGCGUUUUGGGAGGGGAGCAUCCCGCAUGUGGGACAUCCGAGGAUAAGGAGGUGGGCGCAGGAGCUGGCCAAGGAAAGGGCCGAGAUGUGGGGUGAGAGGGGGAGGGGGUAUGUUCAGCCUGAGGAGGAGGCAAAGUAG